CUUUUCUAUUGGAUUCCAAAGAAGCCUCGAUCAAAGAGACCACCAAAAAAGUCGAUUCUCUAAGCCAUAGAAACAAUAUCAACUUUGAAACUUCACCAUUUCUCAGAUCAAACACAAAAAAGAUGCAGAAAAUACAGAGUUUUCAUCUUCUCCACUCUGUUCUGUUCUUCAAUUUCUUCUUGUGUUCAUCCAAAACUGACCCAAUUUCUUGUGGUAAAAUCCAAAUUCAAUCCCCUUUCUUGAGUUCUUCCAAUCCAUUAAGCCAUAUGAUUCUUUGCAGAUCUCACAAACUAUAUUUCAGAACUUCAAUAGGCCUUUUCCCCAUCUCCCAAAUCGAUUACACCACCAAAACACUUAUAAUCUCUCAUGUUCCUUCUUCUUCUUCAACCCAUUUUGUGUCCCCUGCCCUUCUAUCCUCAGGCCUUCCUUCUCCACCAAACCUCAUAAACUCACUCCUCCUCUUCCACUGCUCAAACCCAACAAAACCCAUCUCUCAAAACUGCCCAAAAUUUGAAGCUUUACAAAAUCAAGAACAAUCCCAGAAGCCAUCUUGUUUGAUCCUUGAAGAUCUUGGAGAUUUGAAGCAGAGCUUCCAUCCAAAUGACUUGAAAUGCUCCAAUUUCAUAAGGGUUUAUAGAAACUCCUCAGAUUUUGGCCUCAGAAAUGGGUAUAAAUUGGGGACUUCCAUCUCUUUUGACAUUCCUGAUCAUGUUCCUAAUCCGUGUAAGGAGUGUGAGAAGGCUGAUGGGCAUUGUGGAGUGGGGUUGAGAUGCUUAUGCCAUGUUGUUGAGUGCAAAGAUAAGGUGUUUUCUGAGGGUGGGAUUGUGAGACCUGGCGGUAAAUUUCUCCUUUCUUUGCUGCCUGUUUUUGUGAUGAUUAUCUAAAGGAAACCUUGAUAUGCAUAAAAACUUGGUUUGUUUAUUUGUAUUGACUUAUUUCUUUUGCAUUAAGUAAUUCAAUUUUUUUUUUUUUUU